CUAAAGACUUUAGUUGUAUUUUGCUUGGGGGCCGACAUUUUAUCAUCAUCUCAAGGUUAAACAACGUGUCUACAAAGCAAAAAAAAAAAAAAAGUGUCGCUAACGGUUACAAACUGCGUCACCGCGUCGAUUUAAGAAAUCAUGGCAGACCUUGGCAUCAAAGCGGGAGACAAAGUGUUGCUGGUGUGGGCUCAGCCGUCGACACCAGAAGCCUUGAAACGAUACGCCGAGGAACUGGGGGCAGCUGUGGGCGCCGAUGGAAAAGUGUCUGUGGAGAACAUGGAGAGGCUGUCGCUCUCCUCUCACGCAGCUUCUACCUUUGACUGGGUGCUCUCGUGUCUUCUGGCCGACUGCUCCUCCAUCCACAGUUCAGACACUCUCGCUGAGAUGGUCAGAGUGCUGAAACCAGGCGGGAAGCUGGUCCUGGACGAACCCGUCACAGGCAAAGACGACCAGGGUAUGAGGACUGCAGAGAAACUGACGUCGGCUCUGAAGUUGUCAGGCUUCCUGUCAGUGACAGAGGUCAGUAAAACAGAACUUAGUGCGGAGGCACUGAGCGCCCUCAGAGGAGCCACUGGUUACCAAGGAAACACGCUGACCAGAGUGCGCAUGUCUGCCUCCAAACCCGACUACGAGGUGGGCUCAUCCAGCCAGAUCAAACUGUCGUUUGGGAAAAAGACUCCUAAGCCUGCAGAGAAACCAGCUCUGGAUCCCAGCACAAAGAAAAUGUGGAUGCUGUCGGCAAACGACAUGAACGAUGACGACGUGGAUUUGUUGGACUCUGACGCCCUCCUCGACGAAGAUGACCUGAAGAAGCCAGACCCAGCUUCUCUCAAAGCUUCAAGCUGUGGAGAAGGAGCUGGCAAGAAGAAAAAAGCCUGCAAGAACUGCACAUGUGGGCUUGCUGAAGAGUUGGAGGAGAGUAAAGAGAAACAGAAAACCGACCUACCAAAGUCUGCGUGUGGAAGUUGUUACCUUGGCGACGCCUUCCGCUGUGCCAGCUGCCCGUACCUGGGCAUGCCCGCCUUCAAACCGGGAGAGAAGAUCGUCCUGGACAACACCACGCUGACGGACGCUUGAAACUCUGAUCCCUCAGCUCUGCUCACCAGGCUUCAGGACGUUUUACAUUCCUUCGUUUUCCAUCCACCCCGCUGAGGGUUGUCAGUGGGCGUAACUGCUGAUACGGAUGCCAUCGAGAUGUUUGCCACGAGACACAGUAACCGCACAGGAGAGUCACUUUUAUUCAGCAAUGGAGGCUCAGAUUUGAAUGAAAGGAGACGCUGAACGUUUGUAGCCCAUAGUGUGAAAAUUUCCACUCAGCAAAAUCGGCACAAUUCGGUGCCUGGAUUCGAUUUAUCAUGGGUCCAUGUAAUCAGCAGCAUAUUGGCUGGUAAUGAAACUAUAUUUACUUCUGAUGUCUGUCUUUUUUUUUUUGUCAUGUGAUCAAACCUUAAAGAAUAGAAAUGUUUUUUGGGGGUAAAAGUGAUUUUUCCAAACUUAGGGACACAGAAGCCUGCGUUACAACUGCUGAACUGAAGCUUAUUUAUGUAUAUGAAGUCAUUUAAUACAAAUAAAACUAAGGACAAGUUAUGUU